GCACAAAAUUGUUUUGUAAACAAAGCCAGUUGCAGCUGUAAAAUUGAUUAAUUUUUCUACAAAUUUUUUGUGUCUUGAAUCAGUGUCGUUUUAACUUAAAAUUUUGUAAAUUAUUCGUGUUAAAGGUUAUGUGUCGUGUUUGAGUCAUCACGUAUAUUUCAGUGAGUCAGAUUUUCCUAUUUCAAACGAUCUAUGAUCACCGGUUUUUUUUGUAUGCAUCGUUCGGCGGAGCAGAGAAACGAAAUAUGUGUAUGAUAGAAACAGCGCAAGUCUUUUGUUGACGAGAGAAAUUCGCUCAGUAAAUUUUUAGUCAAAGUCUUUCGUCUAACUAAACAAAACCAGUAAUACCAUUCACAAGAGAAUCUCCAAAAGUUAUAUUACCCGCUGUGCAUUAUUUGUUUGUGUGAGUGAGUGAAUAUUCUUCGGAACAUAUUGGUUGCCAAGAACAUUUCCAGAAUUAUAAUCGCGGACGGACAUCCUCUUUUUGUGCUGUGCGAAUUCUUUGUGUGCUUUCAAAUCAUCUGAAAAGAACUGUGAGAGCGAAUUUAUUGUAAAUCGAAAGAAAAGACACUCGUCGGAAUUUGCAUCAGUUUGUUUCGGAAAAUAAAACAAAUUGUCACAUCGAAAGGAAUCACAAUAUUAGUACGCAUUACACAGAAGGCUGUGAAUUAGAACGAUUGUGCAAAUUUUCGCUUAGUUUUGCGAACUUAUUUUUUUUUGUUAUUUGAAAAAUUACUGUGACGAAUUUUGAACAAUGAAUUUCGAAUCCGAAUUUACGUCUGAGUUUUCCGACGAUCACGUCAAAAAGGACCACUCCCCGAACAAAAUUCCAACUCACGAUGACUUUUUGUCCAGCGCUGCAAAAAUAUCCAACCCAGCUGAUGACUUCGAGCAUAUCGGCUCAAAAAUCGAUGCCGAAUACGAUUUGCUUGACGGUGGAUUCAAUCACGGAUAUAAAACGAAUGAAACAGCAGCUGAUUUGCUGGGUGACUUCAAAUCGAAUAUUCCACCAGCGGUGAAUACUGACCACGUCGAUCCAUUCGAUUCGUUUAACAAGACUAAAGAAUCGACAAUGGAUUUUAUGGCAGCCGAACGUAAUCAUGUACCACGUAUGAAUGCUUCACCACCAGCACCGCCAGUUGUUCCAGUCGAGGUGCCAUCAGCACCGAUGAAAACAUCAAUUUACGACGAAUUGGAAAAUGAUUACUUGAAUCCAUACGCUUCCACCAAAAAUAAUGAGAAAUUUAUUUCGUCGGAAGAUUUGCUUAGUGACUUCAAAGACGUGGCCGCAGAGGCCCGAACAAUUACACCAGAUUUCUUCAAAGAACCGGUGGAAUCGUUCGACAAACCGAAAGUGGUCGUUUUGCCGGUUCAGCCAGUCAUUCCGAAACCGGUUCAAGUGACUCCAGCUCCGGUUCCAAAACCGGUGGCACCAGUGGAAAUCAAGAAAGAAAUCAGUCAUUCCAAGGUGGAGGACAUUCCAGAACCGGUCAAGGCAACCAAACCGAAACAGAAGGAGGAAAUGAUUUCAGCUGAGGAAAUGUUUUAUAAAUUUGGUUUGGAUGCCUGGUUCAAGCCAGAACGCUUGCAUCCAAAAGUGGAAUCACUUAUCUACUGGCGUGACCCAAAGAAAUCUGGUGUCGUUUUCGGAACCGGAUUGGUAAUUUUACUGGCAGUAUCAUGCUUCUCGGUCAUCAGUGUAUUCGCCUAUACAUCUUUAUUGGCUUUGUUCGGAACCAUCGCAUUCAGAAUCUACAAAAAUGUAUUACAGGCUGUGCAAAAGACAUCAGAAGGACAUCCUUUCAAGGAUUACUUGGAAUAUGAACUAGCCAUACCGCAAGAAAAAGUAUCUCAAGUUGCUAAUGUUGGUGUAGCACAUUUUAAUGCAUUUUUGGCCGAACUUCGCCGUUUGUUCUUGGUUGAAGACCUUGUUGACUCGAUCAAAUUCGGUGUGUUACUAUGGGGUUUGACAUAUUUGGGAUCUUGGUUCAAUGGAAUGACCUUGGUUAUUCUUGGAUUCGUCGCUUUGUUCACCCUACCUAAGGUCUACGAAAACAACAAGCAAUCGAUUGACACAUACUUAGAUCUAGUCCGAAGCAAAAUCCUCGAAAUCACAGACAAAGUAAAAGCAGCUGUCCCAAUAGGAAAGAAACCGGAAAGUGAUAAGAAAGAAAAUUAAAAUUAGUUAACAAAAAAAUUUUAUUUUAUUUUUUGUAUUAUUGAUCCAUACCGAAAAUUAUAAUUUUACUUUUGAUAAAGAAGGAUGAAUCCGAUUAAUAAAACUUUUUGACAAAAAACAAAAUAUCUGAACUAAACAGAAUGGAUUGACUUUGAUUUUUUUUUAUUUUAUUAUGUUUUAAAAGAACCCACAAUUGGAAGCACGUGUCUAAUCAAUAAUCGAUAAUAAUGCUGAGAAAGAUAAAAUAAAAAAGUGUAGCGACUAAAAUGGGAAAAAAGACUCACUCCGGGUGAUUUAUUGUAUCGAGUAAUGCGCAAAUUUUGUUUUCGGUUUUGUUUUUUCUAAUUCUGAUUUUGAAAUAAUUUUUGAUCGAUUAAAAAUCGCAAGUCUUGAAUUCUCUUACACCUUUGAUAUAAAACCUUAAAAUAGAUUUCUAACGUAAUAAAUGCGUAUGCAAUGAAUAUUCUUCAUGUCCUAUUCGAUAUUAAAUUAGUGGGUAAAAAUGAAAACACUUUCGGUUUUUUGUAGUAGAACUCAGUGAAAAGAGAUAAAAAGGAUUGAAAAAUGGACCAGUCAAUUUUCGUUUCCUAAUUUUUUUUUUGUUUUAAUUUUAAUCUUUUGUUUUUUUGACUUUAACUCUUUCAUUUAUUUCAAUUUAUUUUUACUUUUACAUUGUAGUCAACAUUGUUUUAUCCGAAUAAAUUAUUAUCAUCUGACAAAUUUAUUUGUUUUAUUUCGUUUUUUGUUUCUGCCUUUCGGCGGCAGACUUUCGACCACUCGUUUCUUUCAUAUUUUUAUUUUUUACUUUAAUUUUCUCUAUUUUAAUCAGAAUUGAAUGUAAUUUUGAUUUUUUUUUAUUCUCAAAAUCUAGACGUAAAAUUUAACUUAUGGCAUAGAUUGUAGAGUAUUUAAGGACAACAAAAUGAAUAUUUAUAAUCAACAAUAAUUUUUAUUUUUAAAAGUUUUUUAAAAAAUAAAUUAAAAAUUUUAUCUUGGUUUUAGCAACACGCUUUCAAACAAAAAAAAAAUUAAAAAAUUUAUAUUAAAAAGCAGAGAUAAAUAAUUGUUAUAUAUAUGUAAAUGUGGCAAACAGAAAAAUGAAAAUCGUGAGAGCUAUAAAUAUUCAGCAUAUUUUGUCGCCUUUAUUGUAUAUUUUUCCAAUAUUUAAAAAUUUUUAGAAUAAAUUUAAUAAAAAAUGAGAAAUGGAACACAAAAAAUUUUUAUUUAAAAGAAAUAGAAAAAUGAAAAAUAUAAAUUUUCCUUAUAUUUACACCCCCUCUCCACUUCCCCUUUUAUCAAAAACUCCUUUUUGCGUCAGACAAAAAUUUGUUCUUAUUUGUGAAAUGAAUUUAAAAAGAAAAAGUUUGUUAAAAAUCGUGAGAUAAAAUCAAUAAAAUCGGUCCAUGUAAAGCUUAAAAUGAAUGAAAAAAAAAUAUUUUACGUUCACUAUAAUUAUAAUUGUUGCUUACUAUAAAUUUUGUGUAAAAAAAUGAAUUUAUUAUUUUCUUUGUCGUUGUAACAAUAUAUAUUUACCGACUUGUCUUAUAUAUAAAUGGAAUGAGUAUGUCAUUUUUUGUAAAAAUUGAGAAUUAUAAAAAAAAACCUUCAGUUCGGGAUCGUACUAUUUGAUAGUUUUUAGUGAUUUGGAAACCGGUUUUAGCUGAGAGAAAAGUAUAUUAUCGGCAAACAAAAUUUUAUAAUUAAAUAAUUAAAAUCGUCAUUUAUGAAUUAUUAUCAUUUCUUUUCUGUCCUUUUAAUCAUUUCAAUGUGUAAAAUGUAAUACAUAAAUGCAUUAAAACACACACAAUAAAAAAAGAACAUUUUUAAGGAAGAAAGAUUUAAAUAAACUUAUAAGAUUACAUUUAUUAAAAGUAAAAAAGAAAACAAUUUUGAGAAACCUAGAAAAAUUAAGAUUUAAUAUAUGGAAUAAAAAUAUAAAGUUAAAGUAAAAAUUAAAUGAAAAAAAAGAAACUAAACAACAAAAAACGCAUAUUCACUACAAUGAUCUAUAUCAAUCAUAAAAUAUUUGACAAAAAAAAAGAAUUUAGACAACAAAAAAAUUCUCUAUAUAUUCUACAACAACCAACCACUUUUUUUAGUGUUAAAAAUUCUGCUACGAAGUUUGUAAUUAAUAAAAUCAAAUAUAAAAAACUA